AUGGCACGCGGACUGCGGCUCGGCUCCAAGACCGACGUGCUCAAGAACCUGCGCUCGAUGCUGCGCGUGACCCGCACACGCAGCUCGAAGACGUCUCUACGCGACUGCAAAUUCUCGCAGCAGAUCCUCGCGCAGUACCGAGCACGACAGCAAGAAACCGACCGCUCCAAGAUCCGCAUGUACCGAGCAGAAGCUACUGACUACCUGACGCUGCUGCACGGCAUUGAGGAGCAGCGCGAUCUAUGGGCACUGGACGCUGGUCUGGAGAACGAGCUCUCGAGUCAAGAGAUGGUUCAUCGCUCGGCACGUCGCGUCGGUCUGGAUGUUCCUGAACUGUACAAGGAGACACGGGCAGACGAGGAGCGCAAGCAGGCAGCGGCGGCCCACUAUCUUGCGAAAAAGAAGCGAGGAAAUGAUGCUAAAGCAGACCAGUGA